UUCCAUUCUGCCUCAGGGUCUCGCUUAAACCAGAACCGGCUGCUAGAGUUCCGAUCAGCCGUACCAGCCUCCAUGGGCGGCGCUUCAAGCAAUGGGGCGGGGUUCGGGGGCGGAGCAUCCGAAGUGCGUGUGCGCGCUGCCACGCUGUGGCUAAAGGCGGAUCUGAACUGGUCAACGGGGAGGCGGCGGAAAGAAGAGACGACGACGACUAGGGAUGGCUGCCGCACUACUGACAUCUACGUCUUCAAAAUCAUAUCCAAUCGGCUGCCGGAUUCGGUCACGCUCACAUCAAGGCAAUUCGACCGAGUAGCGGCCGAGCCAGUGUCUCAUCCUCUGUCGGAGUCCCGCAGUGGCUGGCAGAAGAUCGACGUCACAGAGACGGUGCGUUCCUGGCUGCAGGGAAAUAGCGGCGGGGGUCCAGGGAACACCCAAGGGGGUCCCACUCGUAGGGACAGACUUAGGCUGUUCGUUGACUGCAGCUGCUGCUCCAACUGGCAUAUCCAUCUGUUCAACGAUCGGAGCAAUGGGGGAGAUAGGAAUAGGAUAGAUAACCCUAACAGACCGUUUCUGGUGAUACACACGGAUCCGAACACAGCGAAACGAGUCAGACGGAGAGCAAUAGACUGUUCGGUGGACUCGGGCAAUCAGUGCUGUAAACAACGAUUUUAUGUUAGCUUUAAGGCACUCGGAUGGGACGACUGGGUGAUAGCUCCUCAAGGGUACUAUGCGAACUACUGUCGCGGGGAUUGUGGCCACCAUCGUACGCCCGAUACGUACGUCACCUACCAUACUCACGUACUGGAAGAGGCAAGAAAGACGCAUCAUUUGGCCGGCAUGACGCCAUGUUGUGCCCCAUUGAAGUUCUCAUCGAUGAGCAUCAUCUACUACGGACCUGAUUCCACAAUCAUCAAACGCGAUCUGCCCAAAAUGAUCGUCGAUGAAUGCGGAUGUCCAUGAACAGGAUGGGAUACGUCCAGAAUGAACACUGGGUAUAUAACCGCCAUUCUUGAUGCGAGGGCUCAACACGGAUUGGGCAAUGUUUGUACAAAUAUAGUCUGGGCGACAAGGGCAAUUCACGAAUUCAUUCAGUACAAAAAAUCAAUUCAGUCAGUACCUACAUAAUCAAACGGCAUAGUUUUGAAACCUAAUCGUCUACGAAACCUAAAAGCUCAAGAUUAAAAGCGCGGUGUUGCACGGAGGCUAAUCGGCGUUGACCUUGCGCUGUUAGGCUGUUUGCUGUGAGUACGACGUUUGGAUGAUGAAUACGAUGAUAAUGCGGCUCGAUAUCACAGCCGCUGCAUCAACACCACAACAGUACAUUCCUAAGAAAAAAUGAUGUUUCUUUUCCUCUUUUUUACAAUAGCAAUCAUUUGGGUCUAGAAACAUCACAUAUAACAUAGUUAGGUACUACUUGUGUGAUACUCAGACAAUUCACCUACUCAUAUUCAUAGGUUGACCCCGUGAAUCUUUCGUAUAAAAUAUAAAGCAUUAGUUUUGUUUAAUAGCACUUUCUGGAGUAGACUAUGACGUAAGUGGUUAACAGCCCAAUAUAAAUUUUGGCACUCCCGUGGAUGAGAGAGCUUAACAUAAUGCUAUAAAAAACCAAAUGGCUUAAUAAUUUAAAGGCAUCAUAUAUUUGGUAUUGAAAACAAACGUCAGACUGUUAUCAACCCUCUUCAUUAUAUUGUAGUCCUUUCUGGCAUUCUUACUAUUAUAUGUAUAUGACGAUCACUCUCCAUGUUGCACUUGAUUCAAUCCAUCGGACUGCAGUUUACUUAAAGCUUUUUGUUUUAACCUGGGUGUGAGAAACGAAUUGAAAAAAGAGUGUUAUUUCAGAUGUUCAAAACUUUGAUCGUGAAGGUACAGCUGAUGUGCUUACAGCUUGGUUAUCACCAUAACACUGUAUUUCAAAAUAACUUUUAUCUAGGAUACUUUUCAAAUUAUGUUUGAAGCUCUGCCGAAUAUACGUUUCAGAUCGUUGCGUACAAUUCGAUAGGCCCACACUCUAAUAAAAUAUAGUGGAGCUACUCUUUGCCUUAAAAUAUCACCAGGUAUUCACUUCACCUGUCAUUCUUAAGAAAAAACGACCCAUCGAGUCAAUAAAUAUAUUAUAGAUGAUUGCGAUUUUGAAUGGUUGAAAUCCAGUGAUGGGCGCCUGGUAUACACCACCAUGUAUAAUACACCAUUGUAUACGCGUAUACAAUGGUGAAUAUAUACAUCUCGAUAUUCACGUAUACACUGUAUAAAAUGUAUAUAUAUAUAUAUAUAAACAAUAGCAAAUCAUAGUUCAACUGCAGAUAGUGCUGGCGAAAGUCCCUUUACCUUUUAGAUUUAGAUGUGUACGAGGAAGAGAGAGGGGGACAAGCGGACACCACUUGUGUAGAAAGAGUGCGCCACACUCCACGUUGCCUGGCACAACAGUGAUGAAGGGCACAGAACACAACUGUAACUUGCCACAACGCCUUGUUUUCUACGCUCAAAUACACAUUUCUGUCGAA